AUGCACGCUCAGGCAAUCCCCGUCAGCAGCGUGCCCCUUCCUCCGCUUUCCCACUACCCCCAACCUCCCCCACACCAACAUUUCCUCUAUCCACCCCCACCUACCAACAUCGUCCCGUCGCUGCUGUCCCAGCACUACCUCUCGCCCCCCUCCAACCAUAUCGUCCACCUUGGGUGGCUUACCAUCCCCAAAGGAAUCCAGUUGACGGACGAAUAUCACGAACCCCGUUUCUCAAAAAUCGCACUUACUCACUGGGAGCAAGGCGGCAUAAGGGACCCACCUGAACCAGUCAUCAUACUGCUCUUGCAUUUGAUUGCCAGCAUUUUAUCGGCAGAGUCCGCAUCAAAGGACGAAGUGCUCGAGUUCUUGAGCGAGGUGAUGAAGGUGUGCCGUUUCAAGGUCAAGCCGGACCCGGACGACAUCGAAGCAGUCAGGAACAUUCCCGACCUCCAGCUCGCCAUUCAAUGUGCUUUCCGUCGCAAGAUUGAGAAGAUUGGCGAGAGCCUCGUGACCCAGUUUGCGCCUCGUCAGGAGGCAGGUCCUACUCUGGCUCCCGCUUUGUCUGCCAAGGAAAUGCCCUAUCAAUUCUUCUUCCGCCACGGCUUGUGGCAGGAACCCGAGUCGCCCAACAACUUGCACCUGCCAUACCAUGCGCUCAAGAUGACCCCUCCCGAGUGGAUCAGUCUUGGCUUUGGCAGUCAUCCGGUGGCCGUAGAAGACGAGGCAGUGGUCGCCACCGCCGUACCCAGACGUCCUGCAGCAGACGCGGACACAAUGUCGCCAAUUGAAAUGCUCCCUGCCGCCAGGGUCCAUCUUCCUUUGCCCUUGGUCGCUGUCGCCGGCGUUGACGAGGCCACCACCUCGUCUGCACAAGUGACCCCACAGGCGCAGGUGAUGCCCUUGAUCGAGGUUAUCCCCCCCAUGACCUGUUGA